AUGGCUGCUACCCAAACAAGAGGUCAUACUGGCCACUAUUAUCACCGCCGUCAUCACCACGAUAGUGUGUACUUGACUCCUUCGAAUAAAAAGGAUGCAGGAGUAUGGAUUACACGAAUUGGGUUGCUUGUCAACCUGGGAAUGGCAAUUGGCAAAUUCAUCGGAGGCUACGUUUUCCAUUCGCAAGCAUUGAUAGCCGAUGCGUAUCAUGCGCUGACAGACUUGAUCUCCGAUUUUAUGACUUUGGGUACUGUAGCCUGGUCGCUAAAGCCCCCGAGCGAACGAUUCCCCAAUGGAUAUGGGAAAAUAGAGAGCUUGGGGGCAUUGGGCGUCAGUUCGUUAUUACUUGUUGGUGGUGCAUUGAUGGGCUUGAAUGCCGGUCAGGCUUUGCUGGCCGAAUUCACACCGGAAGCAUUUGAGGCAUUUGAGCAUGCCGGUCUGCUAAUUCAUGGUCAUUCACAUAGUCAUAAUUAUGGAGUGGACGUGAUUGGACCUAGCAUUCAUGCUGUCUGGCUAGCAGGAGGAUCUGUUAUGGCAAAGGAGUGGCUAUAUAAAGCUACAAUGAAAAUCGCAAAAGAGCGGAAAUCUUCUGUCCUCGCCUCAAACGCUGUUCAUCAUCGGAUAGAUUCCCUCACAAGCGUCGUCGCAUUAGUUACGAUCAUUGGUGCACAUAUUUUCUCUAAUGCGGCUUGGCUUGACCCUGUCGGAGGCUUGAUUAUUUCCUUGAUGGUCAUCAAUGCGGGCUGGUUGAAUACAAAAACGUCCCUCCUCGAGCUUGCUGAUACUACAGUGGAUAGCGAGAUCAAAGAAAACGUUCGAAAGGCCGCUUUGGAGACGAUUACGCGAGAAUCCAGUCUAGAUGGUGUGGAUAUUUGGGAUGUGCAAGGAUUUAAAGCUGGACAGAACUUCCUGAUGGAUAUUGAAGUAGCAGUCGCGGGCUCAACUACGGUACAACAGUCUCGACAGAUUGAAGAAGUGCUGCGGGCCAAUAUUAGUGCUCAGGUUCGCGGUGUGCGACGAGUUAAGAUCCGAAUGAUACCUCGGGAGUUGGAGAAAAUUGAUUUCGCAGAGGAAUUUAUCCCUGGCGAUGUGAGCCCUUGGGAAAGUCUCGAACCUUGA